AUGGGGCAGGGGAGCCACCACCCCAGCCUCAGCUUCUCAGUCUCCAGCCUGGGCCUUCUGCUCCUGCUCCCACUCCUUCCAGAAGCCCCUGGACUAGGGUCUCAGACGGACACCCCUUUUACUGGUCCACCAGAGUGCUUGGGAGCCGAGGGCAGGCUGGCACACAAGCUGUUCCGAGACCUCUUUGCCAACUACACGAGUGCCCUGAGACCUGUGGAAGACACAGACCAGGCUCUGAACGUGACCCUGGAGGUGACGCUGUCCCAGAUCAUCGACAUGGAUGAGAGAAACCAGGUGCUGACCCUCUACCUGUGGAUCCGGCAGGAGUGGACAGAUGCCUACCUACGAUGGGACCCUGAUGCUUAUGGUGGCCUAGAUGCCAUCCGCAUCCCCAGCAGUCUCGUGUGGCGGCCAGACAUCGUACUCUAUAACAAGGCGGACGCGCAGGCGCCAGCCUCGGCCAGCACCAACGUGGUCCUGCGGCACGACGGCGCCGUGCGCUGGGACGCGCCGGCCAUCACGCGCAGCUCGUGCCGCGUAGACGUGUCGGCCUUCCCGUUCGACGCGCAGCGCUGCGGCCUGACGUUCGGCUCGUGGACGCACGGCGGGCACCAGCUGGACGUACGGCCGCGCGGCGCCGCCGCCAGCCUGGCCGACUUCGUGGAGAACGUGGAGUGGCGCGUGCUGGGCAUGCCGGCGCGGCGGCGCGUGCUCACCUACGGCUGCUGCUCCGAGCCCUACCCGGACGUGACCUUCACGCUGCUGCUGCGCCGCCGCGCCGCCGCCUACGUGUGCAACCUGCUGCUGCCCUGCGUGCUCAUCUCGCUGCUGGCGCCGCUCGCCUUCCACCUGCCCGCCGACUCGGGCGAGAAGGUGUCGCUGGGCGUCACCGUGCUGCUGGCGCUCACCGUCUUCCAGCUGCUGCUGGCCGAGAGCAUGCCGCCGGCGGAGAGCGUGCCGCUCAUCGGAAAGUACUACAUGGCCACCAUGACCAUGGUCACCUUCUCCACGGCGCUCACCAUCCUUAUCAUGAACCUGCAUUACUGUGGCCCCAGUGCCCGCCCAGUGCCAGCCUGGGCUCGGGCCCUCCUGCUGGGACGCCUGGCACGGGGCCUGUGUGUGCGGGAACGAGGGGAGCCCUGUGGGCAGUCUAGACCGCCUGAGUCCGCCCCCAGCCCCCAGCCUCCUGACAGAGGAGCUGGCCCCCCAGCAGGUCCUUGCCACGAGCCUCGGUGUCUGUGCCGUCAGGAAGCCCUACUGCACCACGUAGCCACCAUCGCCAGCAUCUUCCACAGCCAUCGGGCUGCCCAGCGCCGCCAUGAGGACUGGAAGCGCCUGGCCCAUGUUAUGGACCGUUUCUUCCUGGGCAUCUUCUUCUCCAUGGCCCUGGUCAUGAGCCUUCUGGUGCUGGUGCAGGCCCUGUGAGUCCCAGGGGGUCUGCUGCGGCCACAGCACCUCCCGACAGGGAUGGAACGGCCAGGCCAGGUGGUAGUUGGCCCUCAAGCCACUCAGUCUCUCUCCGCUGGGCCUCAGAGCCUGGGAUAUCCUCUCUUCAGUGCUACUGACUUCACACACCAGAGGGAGUCUCUGUACCCUAACCUCUAAGGGAAGUCCAGAGCUUGCCACUCCCUCGAUUCCUGCAGAGGAGGAACUCUUAGAAUGGUCAGGAUCAAAGUGCAGUCCUGGAGGGACAGAAUUGAACUUCGGUGCUGAGUGUGAGUGCUUUCCGUGGGGAGAGUGCAGGUAUGAGAAACAGAACUGCCACGUUUCCUAUCUUUUCUUCCUUCCUCUGUGGCUGCUGUUACAGGGACUUGGUCUUGCCUGUCCCUGAUUCCGGGUCCAGUUUCCAGAGCAGAAGGCCACACAAGGAUUUGGCCCCAAAGCCCCAACUCAUAAUAAAGAAAGUGUGUGCCUAGCACUUCGUCUAUGUCCUCUCUUACCCUUAGGGCCCAUGGUGGUGGAAGUUGGGGAUCCAGCCUCUUAGGGGCCUUAGGACUCAUGGAUCAGAGCAGAAAUUACAUCUUUGCUGACAAGAAAAUGACAGAUUUGGUUGAGACCCCUAAAGCUCUCUCUGCUAUUCUCUUGCUGUCUACCUUCUGGACUUAGAUCCAGUCCACCCAGUUCCCACACAGUGACAUCUGGACAGCUUGAAGAUGCCUGAAGUAGGCGGUACGGGAACCAGUUAUUCACCAGGUAUGUGUCCCUUUCUGACUUCCACACAUUUUCUGGCACCAUCUCUGUGCCUCGGACGCAGUCCUUACCCUCAGAAGCUCACAGUUGGACGUGGGAGACCAGGGCCCUUUGGGUGCACAGAGGCAGGGCCCCUAACCCAACAGGGUGGAGAGGCCAGAGAGGGCUUUCUGGAGGAGCGAAUAGAUGCUGUCCAGCUGCACAUGGGAAGCAUUUGAGUAACAUCAGCAAAUAC